CAGGGAGCCGAGGCUGCCGCCAUGCUGGCAGUUGCCGGUGCGACCAUGGGGACGCUCGUGAUGUCCGCUCAGAGCGAAGCAGUGUGCUCCAAUCCAGCAUGUGAGGCAGCUUACGAGCAUGUGCGCAAUGGACGGCCCUUUCCCAUUGCGUUUGCUGCCAUAGCACGCGCCCUUCGGAGGGGGCACGUAGUAGUUAUAGAUCCGGUAAUGAGCGAUCAGGAGCUUCUCGCCGCCCAAAAUGAUGUCAAGGCCUUACUACGACAAGGUGAUGGUGCGUUUGCAGUGAACGCAAAUGACGACAGCAGCGUGCGGCUUGACUCCGUUACAUGGGUGACAGGGGAAGAGGCGGGGACUGGUCCGGGCCUGAAGCACGCAGUGGCCUUGUUGAAAGGUCUGGCGCAUGAAUUCUCAAGGACCCCCGAGUACAGUAAGAGUGUCUUAUUUGUGCAGUCUGCGGCGCAACUAGCGUGCUAUGCUGGGGACGGCCAAGCUUUUUAUGCACCGCACCUGGAUGCUUCUACAGAGAGUGUAUGGACACUGGGACUUAAUGCUUGGCUCCGUGCGCGCGCCUACCGUGAGAGAACGAUCACGGCUAUUCUUUACUUGAAUGACAAAGAUUGGGAUGCAGAUCUGUCUGGUGGAUGUUUGCGAUGCUAUCUGCCUUCCGCUCUUGCCCAGGGAGGGAUGCAUGACAAGCCUAGCGGUCUUGGCGAGCUUCCUGCGACAACUACCUCUGGCUCAAGAAGGAUAAGUCAAGACAGAAGUAAACCCAAAGCCCAUGCCUACGAGAUAUGUGGAGACCAUGGCAUUACUGCACUACCGGUCUCUUUAGAAUCAGAUCGGGCAAAGAGCGACGACAAGGUGAGCGGGUCUCUCGGCGUUAUGCCGCGAGACGUGGCGCCACGGGGGGGGCGUCUGGUCCUCUUCGACAGCGGAGCUGUCCUCCACGAGGUCCUACCCUCUUAUAAAAAGGGUGGACAGCGCAUA